AUGAUGGCUCAAGUGCGUCCCCGCGUGGUUCGCCCACACGGUGUUGGCCGUAGGGAUCUGUGGGAUUCCAUCACCAGCGCUGUUGGCAACGCCUUUGACCCCCAUGACAAAGACUCGCAGUCAACAUCAACAUCAACCAAGGAGCAUGAGCACAAGACAAAGACCAAGACAGUCCUGACAACAGACGCCCCGAGCACGUAUACUGGCCCGCUGACGACCAAAACGCAACCCACAAAACCGGCCGCAAAGACAACAGAGACCACGCCAACAAAAACCGCCACAACAUCCGCCAAGGCCGCGACAACAAAAACUACCAGCAAAGCAGCUGCCAAGACCAGUGACACGACUUCGGAGCAUGCCAAAGAUCUGCCAAAAUCCAUAGCCGCGACGACCGCACCGACUUCGGAAACAAGACUGGCUGUUGACACGGCGAAGCCAACAACCACCACCAGCGCAUCACCAACACUCGCUGCUGCCUCCGCAACAAACAGCGCAACCGCGUCUUCUGGCAGCAGCACCGGAGCCAAGGCAGGCAUUGCCAUUGGAGUCCUGGCAGGUGUCUUCUUUGUAUUCGCAAUCAUCUUCUUCCUGUUCCGCAGGCACCGAAAACAGGUGGAAGACCGGCGGGUAGCCGACGACGAGAAGAACGGGCCGUUCGCCGAUAGCGCAGCGAUUGGUGGUGCCCCGAGGUCCCGGUUAAGUCUCAAGCCGGUUGCUCAGUUCCUGGGCGGUGCCGGUGCCGGUGCUAGCGCUGCUGCUGGUGCGGCUGCAAACUCACAAUAUGACAAUGGAUUCCCCAGCCGUCGCCAGAGCCGUGGUGCCAACAUCGCCAUGCGGGACCAGCCACCAAUGAGUGCCCGCAGCCAGCCGGGCAGUGCGUGGGAGCGCCCCAUAACGGGCAACGACCGCAACAACCCCUUUGGCGACGGUGCCCAGCGCCUCACCUCGGCGUUUUCGACUGCCCAACACGGCUUCCCCGGCGCAAAUCCGCAGGGCCCAGAUGCCAACGGUGUCUCGCCCGUCUCUCCUGGCGGUGCAGGUACUGCUUUCGCUGGCGGCGCUGCUGCCGGUGCCGCAGCUGGCAUGCUGACGCGCAAGGCGUCCACGCGCAAGGAUGGACCCAAUGCCCUUGACCUGACGCUGCCUGCACCCAACAGCAACAACAGCAAUCUAGGCCCCGUCCCCCCGAGCCCAGCAGCCACCGAAUACACUGCUGGUGGUCCCCCUGUGUCUACGGUGCACCGUGUCCAGCUCGACUUCAAGCCCACACUUGACGACGAACUGGAUCUGCGUGCCGGUCAACUCGUUCGCCUACUGCACGAGUACGACGACGGAUGGGGCGGUGGCCGGGCAGGCCCGCCUGUCAACCCCAGCGGUCGCCCCAUCACACCCCAGGGAGGUCCAUUUGGUCCUGGACGCAUGCCCGGCCCCAUGGGCGGUCCAAUGGGAGUCCCCGGCUCCAUGGUUCCUGGUCAGGGUGGCCGGCCACAGUCGCCUGCCACGCCCCAAGGCGGCCCGCCGUCGCAGAAGAUGAUGAACGGCCAGAUGCGCCCGCAGUCGCCCUAUGGUGGCCCUCCCGGCGGCCCCCGUUCUGCGUCCCCUGCCACCAUUGGUGCUCGGUCCGUGAGCCCCUUGUCCGGCAGCAUCGGCCGCCCUCAGUCGCCUGCCGAGCUCUCUGGUGCCUCGAGCGGUACCAGUGGUAGCCAGCCACAGAGCCCUGCCAACACGGGGCCCCACAAUAUUACGCCGCCAGGGCCGAGCCCGGUCAACAAGCCAGUGCGCCCGACCAACUCGAUUGGUCGCAAGCCUGUCCCUGGCCAAGCCUUGUAA